AUGGGAUCUGAAGAAUCAUGGAAAAAAUUGAUUGACGAUGCUAUCGCAGGUGACAAAAUCCUGUGUCGUACUUGUAGACUUUGUAAUCAAAAAGUAAAGACUCCUCGAGAUGAUGCAAACAAGAAAUGUUGUUGUGGUCGCUUAGUUCAACGUCAUAGUUUUAAUGGUGAAUGCUUAUCACUAAAUGCAAACGAUAACAAUGCUGAAACAUCAAAUUCUUCACUGGAAUUUGGGCGCAAAUAUUCUAUUACUGUUCCUGUGACUAUAUACGGAACAUUGAAAUCCACUGGAUCUAUUGGUUGUAAAUAUAUUCGAAUUAAUAAUCAAUCAAAUAUGAAGCCUAUCUAUGAGUUGCUUGUUAAUGAUUGUGGAGAUACAAAACCAGGUCUCAUUUUAAGUAUUUAUGGUGGUGCUAAAUAUUUCACUAUGACUGAAAAACUGGAAAAAGAAAUUAUACGUGGUAUAAUUGAUGCCGCAGCAACGUCUAAUGCUUGGAUUCUAACUACUGGUGUUAAUAAUGGUGUAUCAAAAUUAAUUGGCGAAGGAAUAUCUCAUUAUCGUUUAUUGAAAGCUAAUCCAAAUAAAAUUGUUUGUAUUGGACUAACAAAAUGGGGAACAAUCAAUGAAAGUACACGUUUUGAAUUGAAACAUACAACUAAAGGCUAUCCACGAGUGCUAUGCCAUCGACAAAUUUCUGAUAAUGAUGCCGAUACUGACGAAACUAUCGAAAAGAAUCAUACACAUUGUAUUCUGUUUGACGAUGGUAAACUAGGUGAUUAUUUAAAUGACGGACAACGAGAUGCUUUAGUUAAAGAAGCAUGUGAAUAUAAAGAUCAUAAAUGUUAUGGUGUAACAAUUAUUGUUGAAGGUGGUAAGAAUACUAUUGAAGUUCUUCAAAAUGAUAUAAAACAAAAUCGACCGAUUGUAUUUAUUGAAGAUAGUGGCCGUUUAGCAGAUGUAUUUGCUACGUUAAUCAAUCAAACAGCUGAUGCAAAGACUGAUCAACAAUUUAUUCCAUCAGAUGAAGCUGUGAGAAAAGCUCUGACUGAGUUCUUUUCUAGUCUCGAUAAAGCUGAAAUCAGUGGAAUAACGAAAGGAAUACAAGAGAUAUUAAAAAAAGAGAAUCGUCAUUUACUAAAUGUUUUCCGUAUGGACCGUGAUAAAAGUGUAGCAGAAACAAUAUUUAAAGCUAUUUUUACUAUGAAAAAUAAACAAGAUGAAAUCAGUAUUAGUAGUGAACAAAAAAAUGAACAGAAGAACCAAGAUGAACAGAAGAACCAAGAUGAACAGAAGAAGCACGAUGAACAGGAAAAGCAAGAUGAGCAGAAGAACCAAGAUGAACAGAAGAACCAAGAUAAACAGGAAAAGCAAGAUGCGCAGAAGAAGCAAGAUGAACAGAAAAAGCAAAAGGAACAGAAAAAGCAAGAUGAACAGAAUGCAAAGGAUGAAGAUAUCUUAUUAGAACUGGCAUCUCAAUGGAACUAUUUCGAUGGUGCUUUAUCAAUAUUAAAAAAACGACUACAAACUACGAACAAUAAUGACGAGACUAAAGAAAAAGAUAUGGAACGUUACAAAAAGUUAUUUCGAGAUUCAUUAAUAAAAAAUCAUCCAGUUUUUGUUGAAUAUUUUCAUGCUGCUGGUUUUGACCCAUUUAAACUUCUUGAUAUUAAACGUGUUGAACAAGACCGCCAUACUAUGCUUGUACAAUUAUAUAAAGAUACUUAUGAGGAAAUACCUACGAGCAAUCGUAGCUAUAUAAAAGAAUUAUUUGGUCAAUCAGGUGUAAAAACAAUAAGAACACUUGAUAGAAAGUUAAAUAAAUUUAUCGGUUCAUUUUUUGGAGCAAUUUAUUCUGAAAAAUAUAAUACAUAUACAAAACGUAUUUGUAUUGAUCUGACAAAUCAUGUAUGUAGUUGCUGUAAUAGUGCAACAAAGCAUCGUACUUCAAAGAACAAUCAAGUUUCUCCACAAGGUAUUAAAGGUACUCAAUCUCAGGAUCAACAAAAUAAUAAGAAAGUUUCAAGCGAAGAAAAUGAUACGGAAGGUUCAGGUGAAAAUAAGGAUACGAAAGAUUUACUAGAAAAAAACAAACUAUCACGUGAUUUAUUUUUAUGGGCUGUAUUCAUGGAUAUGCCUGAAAUGGCAAAAAUACUUCUCAUUCAUCAACAAUCUCGUAUAUGUGCUGCUUUAAUAGCUUCAGCUAUAUUUAAACGAUAUUCGAAAUUGUCGUUAACUGUUGAUCUCAAAGAAAAAUUUAAAAAUCAAGCGGAUGACUUCGGAAAAUAUGCAGCCGAUUUUAUUAAUGACUGUUACAAAUACAAUGAACGGUCAGCAUGUGAAUUACUUCUACGACAAAUACCACUCUUUGGUGAUAUUACAUGCAUGCAGAUUGCUAUCUCAAGCGAAAAUAUUCAACUAGUUGGAACAGCUUGUUUUGAUCAGACACUCACUCAAGUAUGGUACAAUAAAUUAUCUAUGAAAAAUAAUCAAACAUUAACAAGACCAGCACAACUUCUAUCCAUAAUGACUUUUGGACUUUCAGCACCAGUGACAAUUCCGUAUAGGAAAAAGGAAAUUGAUAUGCAAGAUAUAUCAUUAUCAACAAGAGGUAUCAACUAUUAUGCCGAUAAAGAAUCAACUGAAAGUAAAGAACCAGCUAAAAAUAAAGAACCAAUUAAAAAUGAAUUUAAAAAAUAUUGGACUCGCUUUUACCAUUUUCAUGGAAGCCCAUUCAUUAGAAUGUGUUAUCAUUUUAUAAGUUAUAUUUGGUUUUUACUUGUAUUUAGUUAUAUGAUGCUUUAUGAGCUAAAUAAUCCAGAUACUUUAGGAAUUCCACAUUGGACUGAAAUCUAUGUUAUUAUUACAGUAUCCACUAUGUUUUGUGAAGAGAUUCGAAAGCUUACUCAUGAAUAUAAAUAUCGAAUGAUUGAGCAAUGGGGUUCGACUGGAUCAACUAUAUUAACAGUUUUAACAAAUAUAUUUUAUAUUGCACCAUAUCUUUUAUUUUAUCUUGGUCUAAUAUUUCGAUAUGCUGGUUAUGACGAUAAAAUCUUUACUGCUGGAAGGAUUAUAUGGGCAUUUGACCUUGAAUUAUGGUAUCUUGGCUCAUUGAGAUUCGUUGUAGCUUUAAAAUCUGUAGGACCCAAAUUAUUUAUGCUUAAAAAUAUGCUUCGUGAUCUAGCUGCUUUUUUCUAUAUGAUUUUUAUUGCAAUAGCUGCAUAUGGUGUUGUAUCUCGUGCAUUAAUUCUUUAUCAACAAAUUCCAUUUACUGGUAGUGAUAUAUUUAGAUCAAUCUUUUAUGAACCAUACUGGUUUAUAUAUGGAGACGUAUCUGAUAAAGAUCUACUUGAUCAGAUAAUCAGUAAUGGUACACAGUCACUUGUUGCUGAAGCAACUGCUACACAUGUUUUAUUAGCAUUUCAUAUGUUAUUUAUUAAUAUUCUUAUAUUGAAUUUAUUAAUUGCUGUUUUUACUGAUACAAUUGAUAAAGUGAAAGAAAAUACUGAAUUUUAUUGGCGUUAUCAACGUUAUUCAUUUAUUUGUGAAUAUUUUGAACAACCACCAUGCGCUUAUCCACCAUUGAUUGUAUUUUCACAUAUUAUGCUACUUGCUCGUUAUAUUUAUUCAAAAUUGUCCUGUACAGAAACUGAAGAUAAUCAUCAUACAUCGAAAUCAAUAAUAUUAUUACGUAAUUUUAAAAUGAUCGCAGCAACUGAUACAACAAACGAACGUUGGGAUGCAUUUGAAAAUGCUGCGACACAUAAUUGUGCUCGAUCAAAUGUAGAAAAGGCUACAAAGAAUGAUAAUCUGUUAUCUGACGAUGACCAUACACAUAGCACAACUAGCACGAAUGAAUCUGAGAUGAUGAAAGCAAAUCUUGAUCAACAACGAAAGAUAAAUGAAAUUGAUAAACAAAUGCAAGAUCUCUCACAAAAGGUAACUCAAUCAUUAGAAUGGAUUAUGGAUGCAAUGGUACGAGUAAAAAUGAAUGAUCGUGAGAAAAAACCACCCUUAUUGACAUCAACAUCUGUUGGUGAUAGUAAUGUCCCAACAACAACCCACCCAACAACAAGUUCUAGUUAA